CUGUCACUCCUCUCGCUGGCGGGCUCCUCUUCUGAAGCGGUGGAGAUGGCGGUGAAGUUCACCUGCAGCCUCACCGCACUUUGCUGUUUAGCAUUCUGGAGCUUCACCAGGACUUCAGAUGCUACGUAUGUACCACCACCUCAUUCGACCACGAAACCUGGCUUCCCUGUCCCGAUGAACACGGACAAUCCUGGUGUUCGCAAGGCAGCUCGCUUUGGGGUUUACAGAUACAACAACAGUUCCAAUGACCUCUUUCUGUUUAAGGAAUCACAAAUAACCAAAGCCAUGGUACAGAUUGUCAGAGGGCUGAAAUACAUGCUCCACGUCGAAAUCAGACGCACCGUGUGUGAGAAGAGGGAGCACUCCAACCUGGACAGCUGUCACUUCCAGAAGAAAAAAAGCCUGCAACAGAUACUGAGGUGCUAUUUUGAGGUCUGGAUAACGCCUUGGUUAGAUAAAGCAUCUGUCCCCACUGCUGUCUGUGACUGACUCUCCUUUCCCAUGAGAGCCUGACUUACGGGAGAUCUACCACCGUGAGUUUUUCCUUGCCUGGACUGUUGAGGCCAAAACUGAAGCGAGGAAUGGCUGUACAGAACUGCCACAGAACUUUUCUCUCAAAUCACAUGGUUGUUUUUCUCCCUUGGAAAGAUGCUCAAAAUCUGAGUGACAGAAA